CAUGUGCUUAUGGAGUAUUCUGCACUGGAGCAUCCUCUGUUUAAUCCCAUCGUGUACUUCUCUUUCUCUCUCUCUCAUAAAAGAAGCGAAUCUGCAAAUCCUCUGUUUUCAUGAAAAUCCGACAUUGACGACGAUCAUAACACUUUACAAUUUCGCGGCUUAUUUCUCCAUUCUAUGUCUGCCCACAAGGAUAAAGUUUUGAUCUUUUCGAUUCCCGACGAGAUAUAGAGAUCUCAUCACUUGUCGGCUAUGGCGGAUGCUCUGUUUUCAGCGACUAUUCUGUUCUGUUUACUACCGGUUUCGGUUUUCUCUUACGGUUUCCCGGCGGCCCUGAAACUAGAAAGAGCCGUUCCGGCGAAUCACGAGAUGGAAAUGAACGAACUCAAGGCGCGUGACAGAGCCAGACACGGCAGAUUGUUACAGUCUCUCGGCGGCGUAGUUGAUUUCCCCGUCGACGGAACUUUUGAUCCUUUCGUUGUUGGAUUAUAUUACACGAAACUGCGGUUGGGAUCACCUCCGAGAGACUUUUAUGUACAGAUUGACACAGGAAGUGAUGUGUUGUGGGUUAGUUGUGCUUCUUGCAACGGCUGUCCUCAAACCAGUGGACUCCAAAUUCAAUUGAAUUACUUUGAUCCAGGGAGCUCGGCAACAGCGACGCCAAUCUCAUGUUCUGACCAAAGAUGCAGCUGGGGUGUUCAGUCCUCUGACUCAGGCUGUUCUGUUCAGAACAACCUCUGCGCUUACACGUUUCAGUACGGUGACGGAAGCGGCACCUCGGGGUACUACGUCUCCGAUCUCUUGCAGUUUGACAUGAUUGUAGGAAGCUCUCUCGUCCCAAACUCAACGACUCAGGUUGUGUUCGGAUGCAGCACCUCGCAGACGGGGGAUCUAGUGAAGUCGGACCGAGCUGUUGAUGGGAUCUUCGGGUUCGGGCAACAAGGAAUGUCUGUGAUCUCUCAGCUCGCUUCGCAGGGAGUAGCUCCUAGAGUGUUCUCACACUGCUUGAAAGGAGAGAACGGAGGCGGAGGGAUAUUGGUUCUUGGAGAGAUUGUGGAGCCGAACAUGGUCUUUACUCCACUCGUUCCCUCACAGCCUCAUUACAAUGUGAAUCUGCUGAGCAUCUCAGUGAAUGGCCAAGCUCUACCUAUCAAUCCAUCUGUCUUCUCCACAUCGAACGGUCAGGGAACAAUCAUCGACACUGGUACAACGUUGGCUUACCUUUCUGAAGCAGCCUAUGUUCCUUUCGUUGAAGCUAUCACGAAUGCUGUUUCGCAGUCUGUGAGACCCGUUGUUUCCAAAGGGAAUCAAUGUUACGUAUUAACCACUAGUGUGGCAGACGUGUUUCCACCGGUCAGCUUGAACUUUGCUGGUGGAGCAUCCAUGUUCUUGAAUCCUCAGGAUUACCUCAUACAGCAAAACAACGUCGGAGGUACUGCAGUGUGGUGCAUCGGUUUUCAAAGGAUACAGAAUCAAGGGAUAACGAUCCUUGGAGAUUUAGUUCUUAAAGACAAAAUCUUUGUCUAUGAUCUGGUCGGUCAGAGAAUUGGAUGGGCAAACUAUGACUGUUCAAUGUCUGUAAAUGUAUCUGCGACUAGCAGCAGCGGAAGAAGCGAGUACGUGAACGCAGGACAGUUUAGUGACAAUGCGGCGCCUCAGAAGCUGUCUUUGGACAUUGUCGGAAACAUUAUUAUGUUAUUACUAUUGGUAAUCAACAUGUUUUUAUAGCAGACAACUUUUACAGAUUUGCAUUUAUCUAGUUUCUUGUGUGUUGUUUGUGGUCGCUGGAGAGUAAUUAUCUCCCGACCGGCGAAGCCAAGCAGAAGAGAAGUUAGCUUCCUUGUUUGUUACAUUCUAUUGUUAUAGUUUCGGAUGUAAAUAAUUGGUUUCUUAGUGGUGUUUGUGUAUCUA